UUGCCUCCCGUUUCGUUUCCAAUUUCUUUUCCAUCUUGUCUGUUUGCAUCUUGUUUUGUCUUGAAACAAACCGCUCUUGAUGGCCAGCAGCAGUUGAUCAAGCAGAUCAAUCUCUUGCACUGCCACAUCGACACCCAGUCUUAUUCUCAUCUCUUUGACCUCUCUCUUCUGUUCACUCUUCACUCUUGACCUCGAUUUAAUUUCAUAGAGCCUCUCACAACCGCCACAAUGGCGCCUCCUCCGCCCGAGCCGAUAUCAUCGUCAUCCUCAGAUCUCACCGUUAUAGACCCCGAGCCCAUGCCCUCAGAAACCACGCCGCUCUUCACGGGCAAAUCCUCAGACGACGCCGAACAUGGCACUCACCACAAGCCGGGCAAGCCCCUGCCCAAGAUGCAGGUCUUCCUGCUCUGCUUCGCAAAGGCAAUGGAGCCAAUCGCCUUCUUCGCCAUCUUCCCCUUCAUCGCGGAGAUGGUCCGCCGGAACGGCAACCUCCCCAAGUCAGACGUGGGCUUCUACAGCGGCCUGAUUGAGUCGCUCUUUUCGGCCACCCAGAUGGUGGUGCUGUACUUUUGGGGCCAUCUCGCGGAUACCAUUGGCAGGAAGCCCGUGCUGCUGUGGACGCUCAUUGGCAUGACGGUGGGGACCUUCUUCUUCACCGUUUCCACGACCAUCUGGCAGAUGAUUGUGUUUCGAUGCGUUGCGGGACUCUUCAGUGGCUCGGGCUUGGUGAUUCGAACAAUGCUUUCGGACCACACGACUUCGGAGACGCAGGCCGUGGCGUUUAGCUGGUUUGCGUUUGCAAACAAUAUUGGCAUCUUCAUUGGGCCGCUUAUUGGCGGUGCGCUGGCGGACCCCGUGGAUCAGUUUCCCGGCCUCUUUGGGGGAAUUCGCUUGCUUGAAGAGUAUCCCUAUCUCCUGCCUGGCGUGAUACUCACCUUUUUCAACGUCAUCAGCGUCGUCCUAUGCAUACUCUAUCUUGAAGAGACUCUUGAGCCCGAGGGUGCUUCCUCAGCCGCGGCCGGCCCAGCAGCUCGACCACACCGGCUGUCCACUUGGGAGCUCCUCAAGUCUCCUGGUGUCGCCGUCGUCAUCUGGGUCUACACUCACACCAUGUUCCUCGCCUUUGCCUUCACCGCCGUCCUUCCCGUACUGCUCUACACGCCCAUCAACCUCGGCGGUGUCGAUUUCUCGUCCUUCCGCAUUUCCCUCUGGAUGGCCAUCCAGGGCGCCAGCCAGGCCCUCUGGCUCGUCAUUGUAUUCCCCUUCCUACAGCGCCGCAUCGGCACCAAGGGCUCCAUGGCCGCCUGUGUUGCGGCAUACCCCUUCUUCUUCUUCGGCUAUGUCAUCAUGAAUUUCCUCCUCCGAGCAGACACCGAAUCCUCCACCGCAGCAUUCUGGGUCGUCGCCCCCAUCGUCGCCUUCGUCGGACCCGGCGUGUCCAUGGCCUUCACGGCGAUCCAGCUCGCCCUCAACGACGUGUCGCCCAACCCUCACGUCAUGGGCACCCUCAACGCCCUGGCAAUGACCGCCGCUAGUGCCAUCCGGUCCUUUGUCCCAGGAGUUACGACGGUCAUAUACGCCAUUGGCGUGCACAACCAGAUUCUCUGGGGACAUCUUGUGUGGGCCGUACUUAUUCCCAUUGCCAUGUCGCUGUCAAUCUUCGUUAGAUGGCUUCCAGAGGAUAAGCAGUCUCACAAGCUUGUUCGGGAAGAGGAGGAGGAAGAGUAGAGAAAAAUGGCGAAGAGAGUUUUUUUUUUUUUUUUUUUUGUUUGAUAUAAAAAUGGGUUUGAGAGAGUAUAAGUGAAGAGAACAUAUACGCCGAGGGAACACGGGUGCUCUAAAAGACGCACAUUGCAUUUGCAUUUGCAUAGAAAGAAUCAAGAGUCUUUCUUUUUGUCCAUUUCAUUACAUGUAUAUAGAAGCCAAUAUCGAAAUCAAUGAAUGAGACUACAA